AUGCUAGUCUUGCAGUGCAUCGCCAAUUCGAGCAGACGAUUUCAAACGUUUGUAGCCAACAGGAUAGCAGUCAUAAAAGAGCUGUCAAGAACUGACCAGUGGAGACAUGUCGGCACAUCUCUGAACCCAGCAGAUGGUGCAACUAGGGGAUUACCUGUCCUGGACCUGGUUGCAGGGUCUCGGUGGAUACGAGGUCCUGACUUUCUACUCAGUGUUGAAGAACGGUCGCCAAAGGGAAAGGAACUGCCAGCAGUUCUGAACGACUUACUGGAGGUGAAACGAGAAGUACACCAGAGAUCUAUAGUUGCUCUGGCAGUGAGCGAGCAGUCAAAGUGGUCCCUCGCCAAACUGUGGCUCAGGUACUCAUCACAGUACCGCUUGGUGAAAGGGGUGACAUGGAUUAAAAGGUUCAUUUGGUGGCUUGGAUCCAGUACAAGGACCGCAGACCUGCGCCUCAAACUGAAGAGGCUAAGCACUGAGGAACUACAGGCGGAUGAGCAGACAAUUAUAAGAUUGGUGCAGAAAGAGGCUUAUGAGAAAGAAAUCCAAACUGUCAUAAAAGGUGAGCUGCUGAAGGACAAUAAGCUAUAUAAACUGGAACCUUACUUGGACGAGCUAACGUUGCUCAGAUCAAAGGGAAGAAUUAAAGUAACCCUUCUUGGGCGAAGUGGUGAGGAGCCAAUCUUGCUGCCUAGAGACCACCACAUCACCGAAAUCAUAGUGCGGGAGAUGCACGAAGAGAGAGCCGGACAUGCCGGACGAGAACACACGAUGGCGUGUGUGAGGCAAAGGUAUUGGAUUCCCCAGGGCAGACGCUUACUUGAUAGAAUCAUACGACGCUGUGUAGUGUGCCGACGGAACAACUGGAGAAGUCGGCGUCAAAGGCAAGCUGACUUACCAAUAGAUCGUGUCACUCCUGGGAAGGCUCUAUUUGCUUACACUGGAACGGACUGUUUUGGUCCAUUCAUUAUCAAGGUAGGGAGGAAACAGGUCAAGCGCUGGGGAUGUCUGUUUACAUGUCUAACUAUUAGGGCUGUUCAUCUAGAAGUCUGGCCUCAUUAG